AGGAGUUACAGCUCCAGUAUAUUGGCUAUCUAUGUUCAUAUGGGAUUGGUUUAUGCAGUUCAUUGUUUGCCUACUCCUACUUAUACCGUUAGCCAUAUUUAAUUUUCCUGUAUUCUCAUUUUGAGCCAGUAGGCAUUCUAAUUCUUCUGACAAUGAUGUAUGGAUGGGCAUCUAUACCAUUCAGCUAUUUGUUUACUUUCCGUUUUAAGAAAAGUACUUCUGGCUUUUCAAUUCUCGUGAUGAUUUCUGUUAUAACUGGAGUAAUCAUCGCUACAACGUUGAAUGCCUUGAAAAUACUCGCCGACAGCUAUCACUAUGAAGUUUUUCCUCUUGAAGUGGGACUUUGGAUCCUUCGAAUUUUUCCAAGCUUUUGCAUAUCUUCUGGUUUUUCUAAACUAUUUGCUAUAGCCUACAACAUUGGAAUAUGCUAUGAUGUACCAAAAAAGGAUCUGGACUUCUUGUGUUCGGUUAAGGCUAACUCUGAAGAUUUCGCUAACACCUGUUGUAAAGAUUCUUGCAAAAGUAACUGCUUCAAACAAUACUUAGAAUGGGAUUACAGUACAUGCGCUCAUGACAUCAUGAUGCUAUUCUUAGACGGUAUCAUAUAUUUCUGCUGUCUCCUUGCUCUAGAAGCUCGUACAAUGGAGAAAUGGUUAUCAAAGCAUAAAAAGCAGCAAUCAGGAUACGGGACACCAGUGGAACGCGAAGUUCCUCUUACCCGUACAGAAGAAGAUUCUGAUGUUAUUUCUGAAGAGGAACGAGUACUCAGCACUCAUUCCAAUGACUCUGCGCAUGAAGCUCUAACGGUGUAUAAUUUAAGUAAAAUGUUUAAGAAUUUGUGUGCUGUUGAUCGUCUGACGUUCGGAAUUCAUGAAGGAGAAUGUUUUGGACUUCUUGGCGUAAAUGGAUCUGGCAAGACAACCACGUUCAGAAUGCUUACAGGGGACUGUAUUCCCAGUGAGGGUAAUGCUGUCAUUAAGAACUUUGCUUUGAUGGCAGAUUUAAAAAAGUUCCAGUCUUGCAUUGGAUAUUGUCCUCAGUUGGACAUCAAUACGGAUUAUUUGACUGGUCGAGAAGUGCUUAUUCUGUUUGCUCGAUUGAAUGGCUUUGACGGUAAAAGUAUGGAGAACAGGGUAGAUGCGUUAAUAAAAAUGUUAAACUUUAAUGAAGCUGACAAACAAUCUCAGUUCUACAGUGGAGGUAGUAAAAGAAAACUCUCCAUUGGCAUUGCUUUGAUAGGAUCUCCACCUUUAAUUUUUCUGGAUGAACCAACUGCUGGCGUUGAUGUUGUUUCCAAGAAGAAAAUAUGGGGUAUUAUAUCUCAAGCAAGGAUUAAAACGGGAUCUGCUGUCAUAAUUGCUACUCACAGCAUGAAAGAAUGCGAAACCUUAUGUGAUAGGCUUGGAAUAAUGGUGAAUGGUCGCUUUCGAUGCUUUGGUUCUGUUGAGCAAUUAAAAUCAAAGUAUGGUAAAGGAUAUACUCUUACAAUCAAGACAAAAAGGGAAGCCCGUGAAGAUUUCCAAACUAUGGGGCGAAUAAAAGCAUUUGUAAUUUGCAACUUGCCAGGAGCACAACUAAAAACGGAGCAUCAAGACAUGCUUCAGUAUCAUAUCGUUGAUCCUACCAUCAGUUUAAGUAAUCUGUUCAGGUUAAUGGAUGAAAUGAAGACUCAGUUCGAUUUAAAAGACUGUUUAAUAAGUGACACAUCUCUUGAGCAAAUAUUUUUGUCGUUAGCCAGAGCUCAAAACCAUUCUGCGUAAUUACCUUUUCCUCAUCGUUACAAUAUUAGUAAUACUUUUUUCUCUUGCAACGCUGUUUGUGUGCCCUUUUGCCACAGCAUUUGGAAUGUUUUAAAUAUUGUUUAAGAGCUUUGUACAUACUCAUUGGAAUAUUUUUCGAGGGAAAAAAAUGUAUCAUUUAUAUGCAUCUUACAAGUAAAAAUUAUGUAUUUUAAAAUUAAUGCUUUAUGAAAACAUUUUUACUGUGCUUGUAUUAUAAAAUUCCAAAAUUGCUAAAUUUGAAACUUUAUAUUCAACCUAUAAAAUAUGUUUGAGAUUUCAUAAAAUUUAGCUCAUUAACUAACUUAAGUAUCGCUUGUGAUUUUCACCAACACUUAUCGUUGUGCCACGAAGAAUCAACGUGUUCUUCAACAUUUAUAUGCAUAGUAGUAAGCGUUUAACGAAUCAAAUAAUGCUUCAAAAAUGUUCGCACUGGCGUUCAUCACCGGUGGGUCAUGCUCGAGUCUCCCGUCAGCCGUCGUGUAUCAACUGUGGGUCACACUUGAAUCUCGCAUCAGAUGGCCUGUAUCGCUGGUGUCGAUGCGUAAAUCAAACACGCUGCGUGAUUAACAAAAUCCUGUUUGAAAAAGUUGAGAGUAUUCUUGAUUGUUGAUGUAUUUUUCUUGCUUCUAUUUACAGAAUCAUCACGAAUCACUUAUUUUCAUAUCCAUGUUAUCUAUUAUUUAUAUGGGCAAAAAUUAAAAAGGAAAAAAAUUCUGACCACCUUUAUAGUUUCUCUAACUGGAAAAAAAUGUCUAGUCAGGAUGACAAAAACGGCACGAUUUACACAACUUGCAAACCAAGCGUACGAACAGUGGCAUAUACAGUGUCUGAAUAAGGGAUAGUACCAUGCCGCCAGGUGAAGCAAAGCGUGAAUUCGAGCACUGCCUCGCAACGAAAAAUAUGAAUACCGACGCCGACGUGUAAGUGUUAAAUUAAAAUGACCAACCAUUAUACCUGUGAUAUAACGCUCAACUCUUUCAAUCCCCAAUGGUUCAAAUAAAUUUUUUGAUGCAUUAAUAUUGAUGUUAAUUCUCUAAAAGUUUUUGAUUUAUCAAUGAUCUUCCUCAGAUUAUUUAUGUUUACUUUCAUUUUCAAAAACACUGCUUGUAAACGUAAGCAUUGAUCAGCUCAGUGCGUCUGUAAUGAUUUAAAAUCGAAAUA